AUGGGAGGGACGCGCUGGGCCUCGCUCCUCGUGCUGCUGCUGGCCCUCAUAAUUACAUUCGGCUUCCUGCUGACCGCCGCGGAGCGCUUUUUCUGCCCGGCCCUCGAGAUCAUUGCGGAAUACCUCAGGAUGCCGCCGGCAGUGGCGGGCGCGACGCUGCUCUCGUUCGGCAACGGCGCGCCCGACCUCGACCUGCCGGCCAUCGGCAUGGCGCUGUCGGAGCCCGUAGGCGGCGGCCUGUUCACGUCCAACAUUGUGUUUGCCGCGGUGGUGCUGCUGUCGACUCGCAACCAGGCGCUGCAGGUGCACAAGGCCCUGCUGCUGAAGGACCUGCUCUUUUACCUCCUGGCCCUCGUGACCAUCCUCGUGGCCAUCUCAGACAGCAAGGUCGAGUGGUACGAGGCGGUCGCGCUGGCGCUGUCGUACGUGGCAUACGUGGCCGCCACCGCGUGGCUGGCGCGUGCGGACGAGCCGGUGCACCUGGAGGCAGCGCGCCACGAGGUGCCGCCCGCGGACGCCUAUUAUCUAGAGAGCGAAAGCCAGGCGGGGGACCCGCGGGAGCGCGACGAGGAGAGCGGCGGCAGGGGCGACUCUGCCUUCGAUGAAGCCCUGCGGCGGCCGCUUCUGGAGGGCGCGGGCGGCGCGGAUGCCCCCGUAAAUGGCGGCGGCGGCGGCUUGGCAAACGGCGGCGGCGCGCGGAAGGGCGGCGGAGGGGGCGGGCACGGCGGCGGCACGGCCGGCGCGGCGGGCCCUGCUGUAUCAUCAGGGGGCAGCUGGAGCGGCUUCGCCGGCCCACCCCCUGAAGCGGCGCCCACUGUGGUGGCGGCGGUCGCGGCGGCAAACGCGCAGCAGGCCGCCGGCGGCGGCGGCGACCCGGCGCACCCGGACUCCCGCGGGGCGGCGCAGCGCGCGGCGGCAGCGGCGAUCCUCAGCCGUGGCGGCGGCGGCGGCGGCAGCGGCGGCCUUGGUGGCGGCAGCGGUCAGGAGACGCCUGGCAGCACGCCGCGUUGGAGUGUGGGCGGGACCCCCAAGGCUAAGGGUGCGCACAGGCACGCCAAGCGGCCGCUGAAGCGGCAGCUGCAGCAGCCGUUCAUGCAGCUCAUGAAGUGGACAAUGCCAAAGAUCGGCCUGCCUCCAAAGUACCAGUACCCGCGCUCCAGGGCCGCCCUCCUGCCGCUCACCGCGCCGCUGCUCAUCCUGUGCAUCGACCCCGCGAUCUCCCGCGCGGUCACGUGGGGCGGCGUCGCGUGGGCGGCGGGCACGGGGCUCAUGGCGUCGGCAAUGAUCUGGGCGAUGUACCCCGAAGACAACAUUCCAAAGUCGCCCCUCAAAGGCGUCUUUGCCGUCCUGUCGUUCGGGCUCAGCAUGGUGUGGCUCAAGCUGUCUGCUGAUACGGUGGUCCACAUCUGCAUGGUGCUGGGCAUCAUAUUCGGCGCCCCGCCGGCGCUGUUGGGGGCGACGGUGCUGGCCUGGGGCAACUCCAUGCCGGACAUGGCCAACAACCUGUCCCUGGCGCGUGAUGGAUACCCCACGAUGGCCAUCACCGCGUGCUUCGCCGCGCCCCUCUUCACGCUCCUGGUCGGCACCAGCAGCGCCAUGGCGUACGGCGCGCUCACCUCGGGGGGCGUGCUGGCGGUGCCCUUCGACAAGAUGCUCGCCGUCAUGUACGGGUUUGCCAUUGCCAACCUGUGCAAGUUCUGCCUGCUGAUCCCGCUGGUGCACAAAUGGGUGCUGGGACCCGGCCUCGCGAUCACGGCGCUGGCCUUUUACUUUGUAUACACAGUCAUCUACUGCCUCGCGGUUGCGGACGCGAUCUGA